AUGGGCUACCCGUGCCCCGCCCCACUUUAUUUGGAAUUCGCAAGCUCCCACCUCCUAAAGUUGCCCAGCACCCCCUCAGCCCGACCCGACAGGGGGCGUAGACAAAACGCAGGCGGCGAGAGACUUCAACUCGUGGCUCCGGAGCGAAGACGGCGCCUGCGGGUAUGGGUACUCAGUGUGGCUAGGCCCAGCGAAGUGACCUACGGCAGCGGUCGGGUCCUACUCGCUGAGGUCUACGACGCAGAGGUGGAAGGCGCCCUCGAGGGGCUUCGAGCGGCACUCACGUGGUCCCCCAGGACCCCGGACCAGCAGUGCCGGAUAGUCGUCUGCCUUGAUAACUCUGCGGCUAUAAGAGCCAUACGAGGCAGCCCAUCGAUCUCGUCGCAAGCGGCGGCGGAGAAGUUCGCUGAGGCCGCGGCUCGGCACGGAGACGUCAGGACGCGCUGGUGCCCCGGCCAUACGGGGAUCGCCGGCAACGAGCGGGCCGACCAGCUAGCAAAGGAGGGCUGCCGGGCCUCGGCCCGACAGGCCGCCGACGUACGCGAACAUCAAGAGACAGGCCAAGGCUGCGGCCAGGCGCGACUUCCAGGACUGGUGGGCCGCGGGGCCCCGAGCAGCUACAAGAGCCUGGGGCUCAAGGCCUCGCUCGGGUGCCCCCCGGAGCUGCACACCAAACGACAGCACCUCCAUCACCUGCUCGCUGCGAGGAGCGGGCACGGGGACUUCGCCGACUACCACGAGAGGUUUAACCACGAAGAGGCCCGGAUCGAAUGCUCCUGCGGGAGGAGAAAAUCACCGACACACCUUCUACUGCCGGAAGGCUAUCAACCAGGCACUAGGAAGGGAUUUGACCGGUUCCUCGGGCUAGUAACGGAGGCAGGAUUCUUUGAUCGGAUUUGCCACCGCCACUAG